AUGGAGUUUCAGGGGUUGAGGCAAACAGUGAUCAUGGCAUUUGUGACCUUCUGUUGCCUCAGUGGCCACUUGUGUGCUGAUAUUGAGAAAACAAAUAAUGAAACUAAUCCCAUUGUUGUUGAAGAUCAGGUAAAGGUCAAUGUCGGAGUGAUUCUCGACAUGGGAUCAAGGGAAGGAAAGAUUAUUCUCAGCUGUAUAUCAAUGGCCCUCUCUGAUUUUUACCAUCUGCAUGAUAACUACAGCACAAGAGUAGUUCUCCACAGUAAGGAUUCCAAAGGUGAACCUCUGCCUGCACUGUCAGCUGCCAUUGGUCUUUUGGAAACCAUCAGAGUGGAAUCAAUAAUUGGUGCACAAACAAGAGAGGAGGCAAACCUUUUAGCAGAAUUAGGAGAAGCGGCUAAAGUCCCUGUGAUGUCUCUUUCUCCUCCUCUGGCUGACAAUAAAUACCGUUUCUUUGUUGAUAUCACGCGCAGUGAUCAAGCCGCUGAAGUUAGGGGAAUCAGUGCCCUUAUUGAAGUUUUCAGAUGGAGGGAUGUUAUACUUUUAUAUGAUAAUAAAGCAUAUGAGGAAGAUUUCAUUCCAUCAUUAGUCAACUCUUUCCAGGAGAUCACACAUGGGACUGUUUCAUUCAAGAGUUCCAAUAUUGCUUCCUCCUCAUCAAAUGAAGAAAUCAUUGAAGAGCUCCAAAAGCUGACGAGAUUGAAGAUUAAGGUAUUUGUGGUGCAUGUGUCACAUUUGUUUGCGCCGCGCCUUUUCUUAAAUGCUAAUAAGUUAGGGAUGAUGAGUGAAGGGUAUGUCUGGAUCGUGACUUCGAAUAGCAUGAACUUAUUGCAGUCCAUGAAUUUAUCUGUUAUUGAGUCGAUGCAAGGAGUGGUUGGUUUCAAGUCUUCUAUUCCAGCAUCGAUGAGCCUUCACAGUCUUGCUUCAAGAUUAAGGAGGAAGUUUUACUUGGAGGAUCCCAAUAUGGAAGCGAUAAGGGAGUUGAAUGCAGAAGCAGUCUGGGCAUAUGAUGCAACUUGGGCUCUAGCAGAAGCUGCUGAAAAAGCAAGGCUUACAUAUUCUAGCACCAGAUCCUCCAAAAAUGGAGUUUUGCUUCUUAGUGGGAUAUUGCAGACUAGAUUUAGAGGUUUAAGCAGUGAUAUUCAGUAUCUAAAUGGAAAAUUGAUUCCAUCAGAACCAUUUGAGAUAGUUAAUGUUAUUGGAAAAGGUGAGAUCAAAAGGAUUGGUUUUUGGCCUUGCAAAGAAGAAGUAAAAUCCGGAAAAGGGUCGCCCCAUCAGCAGCUUAUUCAUAGGAGGAGUAAUUUAGUUUCUACAAUUGAUCUUGAAAGAAUCAUAUGGCCUGGAGGAUCCAUGAAGGAAUUGAGUAGUAGUGAAACAAUUAAACUAAGAAUUGGUGUUCCAGUGAGAUUUGGGUUCAAGGAACUUGUCCGUGUCGAGCAUGAUCUUGAAACCAAUACGACUCAUGUCACUGGCUUCUCUAUAGAUGUAUUCAAAGCUGCAAUAGAAGCUUUGCCGUAUGAAGUGGUUUAUGAGUUUAUUCCAUUUGAGGAUGCCAAUGGAAAUGCUGCUGGGACUUAUAAUGAUCUUGUCUACCAGGUUUAUCUCAAGGGCUGGGCACUUAGUACCGGAAUCCCGAUCCCGUACCGGUUCUAUCCCGAAACGGAGAAGUUGUCAAAUAAUUUGGCAAAGUUUGUAGUGAUCAUAUGGGUGUUUGUCGUGCUUAUAUUGACGUCGACUUACACUGCAACUUUAGCAUCAAUGAUGACUGUCAAACAGAUACAGUUAAACUCAAGAGGAAACUCUAUAGGUUACCAAUCGGGUUCCUUAGGAGUUAUAUUGAACUUGAAUUUCAAAGGCCUUAAGCCAUAUCGUUCAAGUGAGGAGUAUCUUGAAGCUUUAUCAAAAGGAACCAAGCAUAAUGGUGUUUCUGGGAUAAUUGACGAGGUCCCAUACAUCAAAAUCUUCCUCGCAAACAAUUCUGCUGACUACUCGAUGAUUAAAACCGAGUCUAUCACCAAUGGUUUUGCCUUUGUUUUCCCUAAAGGUUCGAAAUUGGUUCAGGAUGUGUCGAGGCAAAUCGAACGUCUGAGACAAGAAGAGAAGCUUAUAGAGAUGGAGAAGACCUGGUUUCUUAGAAAAACAACUCUUAUGUCUGAUGAGGAUAUUAAAGAUCCCAAUACGAUUGACCUCCACGACUUUCGCGGUCUAUUUCUUAUUAGUGGUGCUUCUUUAGCUCUUGCUCUUUUCUUGUUCAUAGUUGUAUCUGAUACAUUUAGAAAUCUGAUUAGAGGACUAGUGCAGCUGAUUCGAAGACAACUGCAGCGUUUAAGGGUGUUUGUCUCGAACACAGCAUGCAGUAGAACUGAACAGAACUGCUGUAUGUCACUUCCAAUGCAGCUGUACAUAUAUACUGUCCGUUAG